AUGGAAGAAUAUUAUCCGAUAAUAAAAAAGGCUAUUGGUUUUAUCUUAGUGGCACUAUGCUGGGGAUUUACAAAUCCUUUUAUUAAACGUGGAAGUAUAGGCUUAGAGAAGAUUAAACGAGAUAAUUGGAUUGAACAAACAUUAGAAGAACUUGAGUUUCUUAUUACAAAAUGGCAGUAUAUGAUACCUUUGUGUUUCAAUUUAAGUGGAUCAAUAGUUUAUUAUCUUACGCUUGGCCAAUCAGCAGCUAGUUUACUCGGCGAAGAUAUUGGGUCCAAGGAAUCUUGGAUUGGAAUUGCAUUUGUUGUAAUUGGAGUAGGGCUAUGUGUUGGUAGUAAAGUUCAGUAG